AUGUCUCUAGACGUGGAUGCUAUCAUUGAUAAACUGCUUGAGGUCCGCGUGUCCAAGCCGGGCAAACAAGUCAACCUAGCGGAGAAUGAUGUGAAGAAUCUCGCAAUGCGGAGUCGCGAAAUUCUCCUCGCGCAGCCGGCUCUCCUCGAGCUGGAGGCCCCCAUUAAGAUAUGCGGUGAUAUUCACGGGCAGUACUACGACCUCAUCCGCCUCUUCGACAAUGGCGGGUUUCCACCUUCCGCGAACUACCUGUUCCUCGGCGACUAUGUAGACCGCGGCAAACAAGGGCUGGAGACCAUUUGUCUCGUCCUCGCCUUCAAGGUAAAGUUUCCGGAGAACUUCUUCGUGCUGCGUGGCAACCACGAGUGCGCGAGCAUUAACCGCAUCUAUGGAUUCUUCGACGAGUGCAAGCGGCGCUACAACAUCCGCCUCUGGAAGGUCUUCACGGACACGUUUAACUGUCUACCCGUCGCAUGCAUCAUCGACGACAAGAUUUUCUGCUGCCACGGUGGCCUCUCCCCCGAGCUGCAGACGAUGGAGCAGAUCAAGAAGAUCGCACGACCGUGCGACGUCGCCGACACUGGCCUCAUCUGUGACCUGCUGUGGUCGGAUCCUGAAGAAGGUCUCUCCGGUUGGGGCGAGAACGACCGCGGCGUCUCUUUCACAUUCGGUCAAGAUAUCGUAGAGAAGUUCCUACGGAGGCACGAGUUCGAUCUCAUCGUCCGGGCGCAUCAAGUAGUGGAGGACGGCUAUCAGUUCUUCGCGAAGCGGCAGCUUAUUACAAUCUUCUCGGCUCCAAACUACUGUAAUGAGUUUGACAACAGCGGUGCAGUGAUGUCGGUGGACGCGGACCUUCUCUGCUCCUUCCAGAUCCUCAAGCCAGCGGUGAAAAAACCGAAGUUCUACCAAUAG